AUGCCCGCAAUCCAGGGCUGCAAUACCGUCAAGAUCUUGCUGCACUUCGAUUGUGUGAGCACAGAACGGCUCGUCUCCAGAGGCUCUGAUGCGCCAGAUCCUCCCGGUCUGCCAGGUAUUGACCCGGCCGUUGCGAGCUGGAGACCGCAGGUUCUCGUGUCGUUGCAAGCCGAGGAGAAGGAUGGAAGACCGUGGGCACGCAGGGCGACGUCGAUAGAUGGAAAGGAGGUGGGUGGGAAGAAAGAGAGACCAUGA